CGGGCGAGCAGAGUGGUACGGAGGGACAGCGCGGCACGGAGCGGCACGGAGCGGCACUGCUGGGCCCGCCCUGCCCAGCGCCCGGCGGAGCGGAGGUGGGAAGCAGCAGUAGCUCACAAUGGCCCUGGCGGACAGCGCGGGCUGUGCCAAACCCAGCGAGGAUUUGCCUUUCCCUGAAAUCAUUGAGCUCAACGUGGGCGGACAAGUCUACAUCACCCGGCACCCCACCCUGAUCAGCGUGCCGGGCUCGCUGCUCUGGGAGAUGUUCACACAGAAGAACAUCCGCUCCUUGGCUCGCGACAGCAAGGGCCGCUUCUUCGUGGAUCGGGACGGCUUCCUCUUCCGCUACAUCCUGGAUUACAUGAGGGACCAGCAGCUGGUGCUGCCCGAGCACUUCCCGGAGCGCAGCCGGCUGCAGCGAGAGGCUGAGUACUUCAUGCUGCCAGAGCUGGUGAAGAUGCUGGCCCCAAAGCUCAGCAAGCAGAAUUCGCUGGGGGACGACCCGUGCCAAAGUGACCCUGAGGAGCCGUCCCCCAGCGCUGACACCGCCCGCAGCCUGACCGCUGCCAGUGCCGCGCUUCCCAGUGCCGGGGCUGGCGGUGCCGGGGGCACGGGCACAGCAGGCGCUGCUGGCCCUGACAUCCGCAGGGCUGGGUUCAUCACCAUCGGCUACCGCGGCUCCUACACGCUGGGCAGGGACAGCCAGACGGAUGCCAAGUUCCGCCGGGUGGCGCGGAUCAUGGUCUGCGGCAAGACGUCGCUGGCCAAGGAGGUUUUUGGGGAUACCUUGAAUGAGAGCAGGGACCCAGACAGGCCUCCAGAGAGGUACACCUCCCGGUACUACCUCAAAUUCACCUUCUUGGAGCAAGCCUUUGACAAACUGGCCGACGCUGGCUUCCACAUGGUGGCUUGCAACUCCACAGGCACCUGUGCCUUCGCCCACGACCAGACAGACGACAGGAUCUGGACCUCUUACACCGAAUAUGUUUUCUAUCGUGAGUGACACCAAAAAUAAACACCUGUCCAACCACCGAACGCCAACUUUCCCUUUCCUCUCCUGUUCCUUUAGAAGGUAGACAUCCAUACCCUGAAUCCCAGCAUCCCCCCUUUUGUCUCCUUUUUUGAAUUUGUUCUUGGGUUUUUUCCCUUCCUUUCUCCACUUUGAUCCUGUUUGGCUCCUCCUUGUAGCAGCAGCUGUCGACCACCAGACUCCUUUCCUCUCUCCAAAUCCUGCAGUAGAUCCCAACCCUCCUGGACGCGUGGACUUGGACAUUGCCACAGCGCGUUUUUUGGGUGGGAGGGAUGGGACACCGAACUGUGCCAGGAUCCCAUCUGCCCAGGAUCCAUCUGUGAUGGAUACCGAACUCGGCUCUCAUGCUCUAUGUUCCGCAGCCAAGCGGGACCAUGCUGCAGACACUGUGCUUGAGCAUCCGAGGAGCCCAAGUGUUGGGUUAAGGACGUGGAGAAAGGUGGGCAGCAGAGGGAAAAGCAGCUGGAGGGAAGAUGCAGCCUCACAGCAUGGAUAUAUUGCCAUUAGCUCCUGUAAGCAGCUUAGCGUUUCGACUGUCGGUGCUGGGGAAGGUUAGCUAAAGCCGCACCCUCACCCUGUGUCAGGGUUUCUAGUUCGAAGCAUCACUGCUGCCCUGGGGUGCCUCAGUGGGUGAGAUGGGGGGGGGGGGCAGGGGCUGAGAUGCUUGUUGGGGGGAGGUGGGGGGGGAGGGGGCUUGUUACUAUAGGGCGUCAAAUGCUUACACAUCUCUUAAACUCUUGGAGGGCUGUCCAAAAUGUGCCCUCCCCUCUCUGCAGGCUGCAGGGGGAUGGGUUAGGAUUGUACUGGAGGCAUCAUCUGGGCUCAGCCGCUGUAGGUCCAAAGGAAUAAUUGCCAGAUGUGUUGCACUUUGGGCAGUCUCUCUGAAGGUCUCUCCACUCGCAGCUCUCUGCAGCCUGUCAGGCUGCUUUGCUGGGCGAUGUGUAAUAAAGGAACAAAACCCACUCGCCCGUGUGUGCGUCUGCCAGGAGGUUUGUGUAUGCACCUGGGGGGUUGCUUGAGCAGGGCAAAGGGAGUGAUGUGCAUCAGUGCGUGGUGUGUUCAAACUCAAAUCUACCUUGCCUCACUUUGCCCCUCUCCUCCUCUUUGAGCCCUGCCAGCUGGGCAGCUCUGCAGGGAUGCUGAUGCGAUCCCAAAUCACCCACUGUCAUUCCCUGGUCCAUCCCCUGAUUCCUCCCCAUGGCUGUGCUGGAUCUCAGCAUCCCAGCACACACCUCCCUGCCUUGUUUCUCAUCUCCUCAAGCGGCAAGAGGUGAAGCCCUGGGUUAGGGAGCUUUGCCAGCUGGAUGCCAGCCAAAGAGGCAUUUCUGCCCAGGGUUCAGCCAGGAGGGAGGCUUGCAGCAGGUUUCCAAAGAAGCAGGAGGGCUGAAGCCUUCUGGCACACAGGGAUAGCUACAACUUUACGGCAAGGCAUUCUGUGUCUGGAUGAAGCAGAAGGUGAAAACGCUAUUUUUAUAAGGGCACAUUCCUCAUUGCAACAGCACUUUAAAGAGGAAAUUACAACCAGCUUGCAAAAGAGAAAAGAGAACUUCAGCUCUUCAGAGAGGGUGAGGGCAGAAUUAAAAUCCUUUUACGUAGAGGAGGAUAGGCACUGUUUAGUUGUUGGGUUUUUUUAAAACUAAAGAUUUUCUCUUUUAAGCAAUUAGGACUGAUUGGAAAAAGAAAUUGCUGCCUUAUGAGUAAUGCCAAUGUUAAGAUAUUUGCUUUUCCCCUCUGGAACUGGUCUGAAAAAAUGAAUCUCGUGGGAUAAAGUGUUUUUCCCAAUUGGGGAACCAUAACAACAAAGUCAAUGUGGUGUCAAUCUGCAGGGCUGUGUGACAUGGGCUCUUAAGCACUAUACCCCAUGCAAAAUAUGAUUGGAGCAGAAUGUUUUGAAUCAUUUGAAAACCAAUACAUUAUGUAAAAAUACUGUCA